CCUACUUGUUUUUCGGCAUCAUUUCGAGAUUUCGGAAUUUUCAGCGGCACCAAGAUGAAAGACCAGGAACCGGCGGAAAAUAAGGAUCUUCUGAAAUGCCGUGAGCAACUCUACCGUAUGAUGAUCAGCCAGCUCUUCUACGAUGGGCACCAUGGCGUUGCGGUGGAACUGACGAAAGUGGUACGGGCCGAUCCACCGUGUCCACCGAGCGAUCGGCUGAUGAACAUCUUCAAACAGGCGACCCAGAUCGACCAGUCGAAGGAAAGCAAUCUGUUCGACGAUUUGCCCUGUGGCCUCGAUCUGGAGUUCGAAACAGAGGGUUCAACGCUGGCACCCGAACCGGCCUCGUACGAGACGGCGUACGUUACCUCGCACAAGCAGGCCUGCCGUGCCGGAUGUUUCAGUGCCGAUGGGCAACUCGUGGCCACGGGCAGUGUCGAUGCGAGUAUCAAAAUACUGGACGUCGAUCGGAUGCUGGCCAAAUCGUCGCUGGAUGAUAUGGAGACGGGGCGGGAGCAGCAUGCCCAUCCCGUCAUCCGCACACUGUACGAUCACACGGAUGAGGUGUCCUACCUGGAGUUCCACCCGAAGGGUCGCAUCCUGGCAUCGGCAUCGCGCGAUUGUACCGUGAAGCUGUUCGACAUCUCGAAACCUUCGAUCAAGAAGGCCCACAAGGUGCUGGGCGAUUGUGCGCAGGUACGCUGCCUAGCAUUCCAUCCGACCGGCGAUUAUAUGGCCGUCGGAACGGAUCAUAACGUGCUACGGAUCUACGAUGUCCACACGGCCCAGUGCUUCGUCGGUGCCAUUCCAUCGCAGCAGCACAAGGGAGCGAUCAUGUGCGUGAAGUACGCACCGAACGCGAAGAUACUGGCCACCGGUAGUAUGGAUGGAACGAUUAAGCUGUGGGAUGGUGUGAGCGGCCGGUGCAUCAAUACGUUCUAUCAAGCGCACGAUGGUGCCGACGUUUGCUCGCUACACUUUACGCGCAACGGUAAGUAUCUGCUGUCCUCGGGUACGGACUCGCUGGUGAAACUGUGGGAGCUGAGCACAAGCCGGUGUCUGAUUGCGUACACCGGUGCCGGUACGACGGGCAAGCAGGAACAUCAAACGCAGGCCAUCUUCAACCACACCGAGGACUAUGUGCUGUUUCCGGAUGAAGCAACCACCUCACUAUGCGCCUGGAACUCUCGUAACGCCGCCCGCUGCCACCUGAUGUCACUCGGCCACAAUGGACCGGUUCGGUUCAUCGUACACUCACCGACGCAGUCCGCCUUCAUGAGCUGCUCCGAGGAUUACCGUGCCCGGUUCUGGGUACGAAGAACCAACACCCAUUAGUAGGAGGCCAUGACGUGCUGUCGUUUUACUUCCGCUUUUCUUCUUUUCAAUAAAUCGUCCCAAUUUAUGUAAUCAAA